CGGAAGGAACCUGCGAAAGAUGGCGGCUCCGCCUGAUGAGGCGAGCUUGGAGUCUCGCGUCAACAAAGCAACCAACCCAUUAAACAGAGAAACUGACUGGGAUAGUAUCAAAGCCUUCUGUGAACAGCUCGGCAAUGAACCUGAAGGCCCCCAGUUGGCCACCAGGUUGCUGGCGCACAAGAUCCAGUCACCACAGGAAUGGGAGGCUAUGCAGGCACUGAUGGUUCUGGAGACAUGUAUGAAGAACUGUGGGAAAAGGUUCCAUAACGAGGUGGGAAAGUUCCGCUUCCUUAACGAACUCAUCAAGGUGGUUUCUCCUAAGUACCUGGGCUCUCGAGCUCCAGAACCAGUAAAGAGGAAAGUUCUAGAAAUGAUGUAUAGCUGGACUGUGGGUCUUCCUGAAGAGACCAAAAUAUCUGAUGCCUAUCAGAUGCUCAAGAAGCAAGGCAUUGUGAAACAGGACCCAGCUCUUCCGGAUGACACGCCUCUCCCCCCUCCGCCACCCAGACCUAAGAAUGCCAUCUUUGAGGAUGAAGAGAAGUCGAAGAUGCUGUCCCGCCUGCUUAACAGUACUCACCCUGAGGACCUGCGAGCAGCAAACAAACUCAUUAAGGAGAUGGUUCAGGAGGACCAGAAGCGCAUGGAGAAGGUUUCAAAGAGAGUAAAUGCCAUUCAAGAGGUGAAGGAGAGUGUCAAACUCCUCACACAGCUGCUGGGAGACUACAGUAAAGACAACAGCUCACAUGGUAAUGAGGAGCUCAUCAAGGAUCUGUACCAGCGUUGUGAGAGGAUGAGACCCACCCUCUUCAGGCUGGCCAGUGACACGGAAGACAACGACGAGGCCCUGGCGGAGAUCCUGCAGGCCAAUGACAGCCUGACCCAGGUGAUUAAUUUGUACAGACAGCUGGUGAAGGGAGAGGAGGUGAAUGGUGAAAGCACCACCACACCCGGGCUCAAGGGUAGCAGCACAGCUCUGUUGGACCUCACCGGCUUGGACACCUCAUCCUUGGCCACGAGUUUCCCAGAAUUCCCCUCUCAGCCCACACCAUCACAGGAGCUGGGAAUCAGCCUGCUAGAUGAUGAGCUCAUGUCUCUGGGACUAAGUGAUGUAGCUCCCGGUCCUAACCUGGCUCCCUCCCAGGCUGGGGAUGCAACGACAUGGAACUCAUUUCAGUCUUCAGAUACCGCCGACACGUCCGUCGGCCCUGUGCCGGCCGCGGUGCUGUUGCCGUCAGUUACGAGCCCCCAGGCACCUGCCGGCAGCCCCACACCAGCCGCUAAGGCCCUGGACGAGCUGGAUGUACUGGGGAGAACCCUCCUGCAGCAGUCCCUGCCCCCUGAGAGCCUGCAGGUCAAAUGGGAUAAACUUCAACCUCAGUCAAAGCCUACACUAAGAGAUCUCCAGACCAAGUCAAGCACCAACCCAGCCACAAGUCCCAGCCCCGUCCUGGCCUUCCCAUCAGAAUCUGGUUCUCUCCUGAAUUCCCAGCCCAGCCACGAGACUCCGGCACUGGGUGUCGCUCCCUCCUCCACCCCUCAAGAUGAAAUCUCUCUGGCCAGUGUUACCGUGCCCUUAGAAUCCAUCAAACCUAGUAGCAUGUUGCCAGUGUCGAUCUUUGACAAGCACAGCUUGCGCGUUCUUUUCCAUUUUGCACGUGACUGCCCCUCAGGGCGGCCUGACGUCCUGGUGGUGAUCAUCUCCAUGCUGUCCUCCGCACCCGUGCCCAUCACCAACAUCCGCUUCCAGUCUGCCGUGCCCAAGACAAUGAGAGUGAAACUUCAGCCCCCGUCUGGAACAGAGCUGCCAGCCUUCAACCCUAUACUGGCCCCUGCUGCGAUUACACAAAUCCUACUGCUGGCCAACCCUCACAAAGAAAAGGUUCGGUUGCGAUACAAGCUGACAUUUGAUUUAGGUGAAGUGUCCCACGACGAGAGUGGAGACGUAGAGCAGUUCCCGCCUCCAGAGUCCUGGGGGAACCUUUAGGUGGACGAACUCAACUUCCUGCUGCUUUAGCUCUCUGCUUCUUGUUGGUCUCACCCAAUAGGAGCGUCUCUCACUAUCUACAGUUCAAUUCUAAUCCACAAGAAAACUGAGCCCCUACUCACUUUUCCCCCUCACUUGUUCCGAGUACACAUUUCUUUCUAGGGACAGCUGAAGACGUCUGGCAAAAUGUGAGUAGCAAUUUGAGCAGAAUCGUAAAAAUGGUGACAGUAGUCCCCAUGCAACUUGCCCUUAAGUGGAAGUGGCUAGGAGAAGUGAGCAAGGGACUCCUUUUUCUGCAGUGGAGUCAGAAGGAUAUGCCUUUGACCCACAUACUGUCAUUCUCAUCUUUUUGCUUUUCAGCUUUCCUGCUCUUUCUCCUUUAUUCCAGUGAACAGUUUUAAUCUUCAUCUAACCCUCACCUACCCUUGCUGCCUUUUGGGCUUUGCUUCGUGAAACUGUUGUUGCUGUCAGACCUUCCUGAAAUGGAACUUGAAGAUUGGUCUUUGUGUGUGUGUGUGUGCGCGCGCGCGUGUGCAUGUCUGUUCCUCAUAAAUACUUCAUUGUGCUGUUUGUUGUUGCAAGAGAGAUCCUGAAUCAUCUGUUUUAUUAUUUACAGCUUAUGACCAGAGUGAGUCAGUGUGAGAUUGAAUAAUGGGACAAUAAGAUGGACUUUCUGUCUAAACUGUGAUUUAAAAUAUACCUGGUUGACCCUUUAUGAUUAAUCUGUCCCUGUAUGAUCUUGGUUCAGAAUUAGCACUAUAUCUUUCACACCCAUGGGUGGAAUGAGUUUCGUUAGGCACGUCUGUGUUUAUCAGACUGAAAUUGCACCUUUUCUUCUCGCUCACACUAGUUUGUUCAUCUGUAUGCAUGUCAUUUUGUUAAUGACAGUCACCACCACCACCCCAUAGUUCCCUACAUAAUAGCGAAUUUCUCCCCUCAGAUUUCAUGAGAUUUAAUGUGGUCAAUUUCAAAAUCUUUUGCACUUACACAAGUGCCCUCACUCCCCUUACACCUGCAUCCGCCCUUCUGUUUGUUUUACAUAUGGUGCUGUCAUUUCCCUGCCCAACAGAAUUAAUUUAGCAAUCCUGAAGUCUUGUUUAAAUCUACCGUAUGUGCCUAAUCUGAUGAUUUACAUUCAUCCUAUACUUUUUUUUUUUUUUUUUUUUUAUUGCUGACAUGUAUAUACAUAUUUACAUUUCUGUCUGUGUUUGUUUUGGUUUAGGAAUUUGUUGGCAGGUCUUAAAAUGUUGGGUUUAAAAACCUUUAGUUCUUCCUUUCCUUUUUUGGGAACCUUCUGUGUGUUCCGGAAAUAAGAAGUAGAGUGUCAUUGAUGUUCUUUGCUGUGACAGCGGCUCCUCAAGCAUUUAUUUAUUUUGUUCCCUGGAAAACAUCUAAAAGAUUUUCAAAAAGAUUUAAAACUUUUGCUCAAGUAAAACACAGCACCUUGGGUGAUAUGGACACUGUACUAGAAUCAGUUAUAUCUAAGAAGUUAAAAUAAAUGGGGACUGAACAGCUGUGUCCACAAUGGUGGGGGGGGGAGAGAAAUCUAGAACUCUGUACAGUCUAGAUUUGGUCAGUAGUUUUAGAACUGAGGUUACUUUGGUGUCUAUGUGGCUGUGGAAUGCAAACUUAAGCUGCAAGGUACAUGUCAUUUGCAGCUACAGUCACAUUCCAAGCCAUGCAUCCAGCCCUGAAGCCCUUCCCAACACCAUUUUCUUCCUGGUGACUGUAAAUAGUCUCUGUAUUCCAAUUAUGUAAAUUUGCCAAAAAAAAAAAGGG